AAAUGAACGCGGCCAUGUCGUGCUGAUCGGAGCUCGCAAGAAAAGCACACAAAAGAGCGAAAUAAACCUCGCCCAGUCGGUGAAAAAUUUAAAUAACGGAGAGAACAGGAGUCGAGCACCCGCACGGGAGAGAUUUAUAACGGAAAGAUGAGCGGAGGGACGCCUUAUAUCGGCAGUAAGAUCAGUCUGAUCUCAAAGGCCGAGAUCCGAUAUGAGGGAGUUUUAUACACCAUCGACACUGAGAACAGCACAGUGGCUCUUGCGAAAGUCAAGUCUUUUGGCACCGAAGAUCGCCCCACGGACAGACCAAUCCCCCCUCGAGAUGACGUCUUUGAGUACAUCAUAUUUAGAGGAAGUGACAUCAAAGAUCUGACCGUGUGCGAGCCUCCCAAACCCACCUGUAACCUUCCUCAGGACCCUGCCAUCGUGCAGUCCUCUCUGGCGUCCACCGCUGGCCCAGCCGCUCCUUCCUUUCAGUCGUACACCCCCUUCAGUCGGGCCCCUGUUGCCCCGUACAGUCAGUUCAGCCCCAGCACACUGGUUCCUCAGCCAUUCGGAGCAGCGGUCACUGGUGGAAGCAGCUCAGGUCCUGUGUUCAGUAGCGAGGCGAGCGUUACUGCCCCUCUGUCCCAGAGCACUGCUUUCCCCCCGCACGCUCGCUCUCUGAGCACGCACAAACCCGAAGGUCGCGCCAGUCCAUCUCUAGAGCCCAAGAGAAAGACCCCGACACAGGAGCAUGCAGUACAGACAGCACCAGCACCGGUCACGUCCACUGCGACUGCAGCCGGGUCGGUGGCUCAGAGGAGCCCUGCAGCUGCCCGACCCGCUCUCAACACCCAGAAGCCCGCUGAGAACCAGGAGCAGAACAAAGCAUCUGAUAUUCAGAAAGUUACUCGCCCGGAAACUGAGUCAAGCCGGGCUGAUAACAAGGACUCGAACAGACGCCCGUCUGGAGGUAAUGCUCCUGUCAUAAGAAAGGGGCGGGGCAGUGGGGGCGGAGGCGGUGGUGGAGGUCAACGUGGGAGGGGCAGAUUUAAUGGACGCAGAGAUGGACCGAUGAAAUUUGAGAAGGACUUUGACUUUGAAAGUGCCAACGCCCAGUUUAACAAAGAGGAGAUCGAUCGCGAGUUCCAAAGCAAACUCAAGAUUAAAGAUGAGAAGAGCGAGAAAGCAGAAAAGACCCUGAACGGGGAGGAGAAGACCGAUUCAGGUGUGGAGACUCAGAACAGUGAAGGCAACGCCGAUGAAGACGAUCCACUGGGACCCAACUGUUACUAUGACAAAUCCAAGUCUUUCUUUGACAACAUCUCUUGUGAUGAUUCUAGGUUUUACUGCUCUGGACUUUCUAGGAAGGAGAAACCGGGAGGUGGUUAUGGGAGGGAACGAAGGCAGACCUGGGCGGAGGAGAGACGAAUGAACGCGGAGACCUUCGGUAUUCCUCUGCGUCACGGCCGUGGACGCGGGGGUUUCCGCGGCCGAGGCGGCGGCUCGGGGUUCCGUGGUGGUCGGGGCCGUGCGGUCAGCAGGGGCUCGUUCGCACCUUCCCGCAGGGGCGGGCCUGGAUUUAGAGGCGGGUUCAGAGGAGGCAGAGGAGGCCGUGAGUUCUCUGACUUUGAGUACAGGAAGGAGAACAAAGUGGCAGCGUAGUGAAAGAUGACGAUCACAUCACAUCCUAACAGCCAAGAAUCUCCUGUCCCGCUCAUCACAGUUUAGAUUAAUGCUUUGACUCACAGGUCCUGCCUCUCUCCCUGUUCAACACCAGCACAGGUGUGACCUGCGUUCAGAUGCACACGCAGAGCUCUCUUGCUUUUCUCCUAUUUUUAUCAAAAACUACAACCUCUUGAUGUUUUUUGGAAACCUUUGACUUUCGUUUGACGGAGGGAAAUGAGAAUCUGUGUACAAAAUACAGCAACUUCUCUGGAAUUAUUAUUAUUAUCAUCUGGUAUUUUUGCAUCAGUCUUUAGUUCCUUUGGUAAUAUCAGGAAUGGUAUUUGAUAAUAUUCUGAACUUGUGUGUCCUAAACCCCGCUGAUACUGUGAGCGUUACUCAGUCAGAGCUUUAUGUUGUUGUUGGUUUUUGUUAUUUUUUGGAUUUGUUCUCCAUCUAUAGAUGCACGACAGCGUAAUCUAACGACCUGUAAGGUUUGUGUCGGACCUAAUCGAAACCAAAACCACGUUAAAGAAAUAUUCAGAUAAACUUUCUUUCAAGGGCCUGCUGAAUUCACAUAUAUUGGAUUUUAAAGAGGAUAUCUGUGCUCUUUUACGGUUGCAUUUUUAUAAUUGGUUCAUUUUCAGCCCCCCCAAAUUUUUCUUUUGAUGUUCUCAACUGUGUAAAGACUAACAAUAGGUCAAUCCACCUUAAUUCUUUCAGAGAAACGUAAUGAUUGAUGGUUGAAUGAUGAAUGUAUCAAUGAAUUCACCACUGUCUGUCUUUCUGUCAUGUAUCCUAAAAGAGUUUGUGUUCAAUCCUAAUAACUUUUUCCACCCUUAGCAGGAGCUUUCAUUGUUCCUACUGUGUCUUGUCUUCAAAAUGUAUUUUGAUAAUCGAGUGCCAGUUAUUCUUGCCUUUAGUUGUGUAGAUAUUUUUUAAUUUAAGCCCCUUAAUAACAUCGAUUGAAGCCCCAUCCCUGUUUAACGCAAAGAUCUUCAGGAAAGAUCCAACAAACCCUUUAAGAACAUGAUUGGAUGUCUCAAAACUGUAUUCAUAUGCACUUUAAAGACAAAUAACGCCGCUGUAUUUCAUUGAUGAUAAUUUGAUGUCAUUUCAUAAUAGAUAUCUUCUGAUAGAACCCAAAGCAGGGAAUAUAAAUGCUCUUUUUGGCUAAAUGAUUCGUGUUGAUCAGUACAGUCUUAUUUACAGUGUUACUCAUAAACCUAUAGAUGAGUCAACCGGAUGGAUUUAUUGUGUAGGUAUAAUGUUUAGUGAUAUGAUAAAAUCCAAAGUCUUGAGUUUCACCUGAGGCUAUUAUUCGUAAAUCCUUAAUUGUUAAUAGUUUGUUUCAUGAAUGCAGAUGUAUGUUAGUGUGUUAAUUCCAGUACCAGCUCUCUGUCACUCUUUUAAUGGAGUGAGAUUGUUUACCCAGCCUACCCUGACUUUCCCUUCGAAUGCCACUAAAGCACUAGUUUCUGCACUGUUAGAUGAGUUAAUUUAGUUACUUUGGUGAAAAAAGUGUCUCGAUGUGCUUCAUAUUUUUAAUUUGUGUUUAAGAUCCAAAGACUGAAUUACAGAUACAUGUUCGAGGGGAAAUUAUCUCUUUGCUGGUUCGAUGUAAAUUUUCCCAUAGCAUCUUUUUUGUCAUCUAGCCCUUUUCAUAACUGAUGCUGUACUUGUAUUAGCUCCCUUUAAAAGCACUACGAUUUGAACUUUGCAGAGAUACCCCUCAUAUAUUCGGGCAGCUAGUCAAAUGCAGUCUGAUUGGCCACGGCAGUGAUUAAUCGGAGCAGGGCAUGAUGGGAAAUCUCUGACCGAGUCACAGAUUUUGGUGCUGAGCGGCUGAAAUUGGACUGGCAUGAUGUAAAGUGAAUUUUUAGUCCUUAUACAGUGAUGAAGUUGAAGAUGUAACCUUGUAUAUGAGAUUUAAAACUGGACACAUGUGCAGAAUGUAUCGUGUAAUACAGGGUUGACAUGAUUUCGUUAUCAGACCUCGGAAAGAAUUUGAUUGGCAGUUUUUGUUUCGUUAUGUUGUUUUUCUGAAUUGAUGAUGUUGUGGAGGUCUUCACACAGGCAAACUGAGGUUUUUAUUCAAACAAGACAAUAAAAAAAUAGUUGUUCAAUA